AUGCCGCUUCUAUGUAUAAUAACAAUUCUGAUGGUGUUGGGAGAUGGUAGCGCGCGGCAAGCGCUGCGGACCGCGCUAGCGUGUCUGCUAGUUGGGGCGCUCGCACCAGAGCGUCUUGAGCCUUGCGCUGGAAGCCCUCUUUGUUCUUGUCGCAUAGCUCAUAUGUCAUGUACCGCUGUACCAUUGCACAGGUUUCCAGAAUGGCCACGGUUAGAACUGCAACACUUGGACAUAAGUAUGUCCAAUCUUGAAGUAAUAUCUGAAAGUGCAUUAGACGGACUACGGCUACAAACUUUAGUUCUGGUCGCAAACAGGUUGCAUUAUAUUGAAUUGCAUGCAUUUAGUUCCAUGGCUAAUACCUUGGCUUCGUUGGAUCUGGGGUACAACGAAUUUACCGAAAUCCCUGAACAAGGCCUAAAAGAUUUAAAAGUUCUUAAUUGGUUGAACUUACAAAACAACUACAUAGCAGAGGUCAACCCAGAUACCAGAUGGCAUCAUUUAGAGAAUACAUUAACAAGUUUGUCUUUGAGUAAUAAUCAAAUAACUCAAUUAAAAUCGCAAGCUCUCACCUCUUUGAAUCACCUUUUGCAGUUGGAUUUAGAAGGAAACUAUAUUCGUGUGAUAAGUUCGGACUCCUUACCAACCUCUCUUACAGUUCUCAAACUAUCCAAUAAUUUCCUACACGAAGUAUCCUGUGAUUUAAUUUUCAACCUUCCUAGACUACAAAUGCUACACAUGAGGCAUAAUUCUAUUCAAUUUGACGUUAAUUCAACGAGCAUCAGUAAUAAGACUAAGAAAUUAGAAAAAGUUGAUUUAAGUAAUAACAAUAUAAAUGACACAUCAGAAAUACUUAUAUUCCGGGAAAUACAAAUUAGACAAAUUAUUUUAGAUUUAAAUGAAUUAACAACAAUACCUAGAUUGUUAUUUACAAAUAAUCGAAUUGAAAGAUUAUCUAUAUCAUACAAUAAAUUAAAUUCAAUAUAUAGAGAUGUAUUUAUAUCGCUUAAAAAUUCGCUCGAGCAUUUAGAAGUGGAACACAACAAAUUGACACAUUUGCCGGACAGUUUGGCGCAGGUCGUUCGACUGCGACAUUUAUCUUUAGCUUACAAUCAAUUGGAAGAAUCGCCCUCCCUCCCGAGCCGAAUUCAGACGUUAUCGCUCGCUGGCAACUUUCUGACUUCUCUCCCCUCUGCACUUCAAACUCUUGAACCCGGUUCCAUUAGAUAUCUCGACUUAAGUUACAACAGGAUAUCUAAUUUGUUGCCGAACGAAUUCCGUGACUGGUCUUACUCUCUUGGCACCCUCAAUUUAAAGGGCAAUAGGAUAGCUCAAAUAUAUAAAAACGUUUUUCCUGUAAGUAUGCCAGUAAAAGAGAUAAACUUGAGCUUUAAUGAUUUAUAUUAUAUACAUCCACAAUCAUUUACUAACUUAACGGGGUCUCUGCACGUCUUAGAAUCAUCCGCAACUAUCUUUAGUGGAUAUUUUCCUUUUGAAAUAGACGAUGGACUAGAAAAUCUUAGUUGGUUAUCCUUCGAUAACAAUGACUUUCAUAUAUUAAAAUUGUCGGAAAUUUCAUUAUUUCCAAACUUAAAAUAUUUAAAUUUAGAUUAUAAUAGAAUUGUAGAAAUAAUAAUAGAGGAUGAAAUUACAAAUGUUUCUUUGUCUUUAAAUAAUUUAAGAAUAUCUUAUAAUUUUCUGAGUUCAAUACCGGCUAGAACAUUUUCACAUGUACCCGAGUUAAGAAACUUAGAUUUAUCUUAUAACCGUAUCAAUAACUUGACUAAGAACAGCUUUAUUAACUUACCGAACUUAAGAUAUUUAUCUCUUGCUGGUAACUUAAUCAAUUCUAUAGAAGUGGAAACAUUUGUUAAUUUACCAAAACUUGAAAUAUUGGAACUCCAAGGAAACAACUUAACGCAUUUGUCGCUUUAUUCUUUCUAUAAUGUAUCUAAUUCUUUUACUACAUUUACGCUUAAUAUAAGUAAGAAUAGUAUACAACUUAUAGAAGGAGACACUCCAAUUUCUGUUAAUAUAUUUGAUGGAUCAUACAAUAAUUUUCAUGAAGUGCCAAAUAAUUUUUUUCUCGCCAUUGAAUCGACAGUAAGGCAAAUAAUAUUGUCUCAUAAUAAAAUAACUCAUAUUUCGGGAGAGGCUUUUGGACAGUCGGUUUAUUUAGAAAUAUUAGACUUACAUAGAAAUAGUAUAAGCAUUAUUAAGAGAAAAUCUUUUACAGAUUUAAUGUCUUUACAAAUACUGGACCUGUCAUUUAAUUCUAUACAUCAACUAUCAGUAGAGCAAUUUUAUAAUUUACGUAAAUUAAGAUAUUUGAAAAUGGACCACAAUAAUUUAAGACUACUUCCAAGAGACGUAUUUAAAAAUACAGUUAUUGAACAUUUAGAUUUAAGUUUUAAUGAAGUUUCUUUGUUUCCAGUCACAGCGCUUUCUCAAAUUGGGUUUACUUUACGAUAUCUCGACUUAUCAAACAAUAGAAUAGAAUAUUUGGAUAGUAACAUAUUUCGCAAUACACAAUUCUUAUCAAAUUUGAACUUGGGGCACAACUUAUUGACAGUUUUAUCCGAAAACACAUUCUCGAGUCUUGGGGCUCUGCGACGAUUGGAUAUAAGCUUUAACUCUAUCAAAGCAAACUUUAAGGAGCUGUUUCAUAACCUUCCUAACUUGAGACAUUUGAACCUUGCAAGUUUAAGUUUAAAAUCAGUGCCUUAUUUACCCUUGACAAAUUUGACGAGUCUCAAUUUGACUUCGAAUUACAUUAACAGUUUUAAAGAGACUGAUGUGAAGCGUUUAGUGAAUCUACGCCACUUAGACCUAAGCCACAAUCGACUUACCUCUUUAGUGCCAAAAAUGUGGAUUCAUAUGAAGAAUUUAAACGUACUAGAUAUUUCAUACAAUCCUAUCAUAAGAUUAACGCCAAAUAGUUUUAAAUCGUUGAAUAACUUAUCUUAUUUAAAUUUAAAUGGACUACAAUAUUUAGAUACAGUUGACCAGAAUUCUUUCCGUCCCUUAAUGUCUUUGCGAUCUUUGCACGUUCAAACGUGGUCUACUAUAAAUCAUUCCACUUUCCGUCUCGCAAAUAUCACGUCCUGCCUUCCUUCCCUUUAUAAGUUGGUAAUACACUGGAACGACGAAAUAAUGGAUACGCAACUGCAUGGAAUAGAUUCGCGCAGAAUAAGAUAUGUAGAAAUUAAAGGAAAAAGUCUAAAAAGGAUAUCCGAUGAUGCUUUCGAGCCGUUCAAGAAUAGACAAGAGAUAUUUAUACGAAUUAGCGAGACAUCAAUAACUAAGCUCCCAGCGGCAUUCAUGAAGCAUCUCUCACAAGUGCCUCAAUUAGGCAUCGACGUUAGUUACAAUCAAAUAUCAAGACUUGAUCCGGCUGUCUUCUAUCCCAAUUUCACAAGCUGGAGUCACGUAGCUACAAAAUUGCUUUCAGGGGGUUUAAUUUUGACGGGGAACCCGCUGCGGUGCGAAUGUGAAUUGGCGUGGCUGGGAGCUUGGUUGAGGCGGUGGCUACAGGAAAAUGAAGCUGGAGCAGAAUUAAGAAGAGCUGUCCGAAGUGCCACUUGCAAAGAUCCGCUCGGAAGACGCAUACCAUUGCUGCAGCUUCGAGCAGACGAAGCCGAAUGCCACGCAAGUGCUCUGUCCAGCGACGCGCAACCUAAUUACACAAAUGUUGUAUACACGUUAACUCUAACUUUCUGGACUAUAGUUCUCAGA